AGUCAUUCGGACUGUAUUACCGGCGGUCAGGGGGAUCUUCUCCGUUAUACAUGCCACGACAAUUCGUUUCCGUGUGUGAUGAUUAUGGACACUGGGUGACGAGCUGGUUGUUGUUUUCUGCAGCUGAAGGCUUUGCUGGUUAGGUUUGGCUUUGAAAUAGGACUUGUGGAGCACCUAAUAGGGCCUAGAAAUUGGCAUCAUUCUGCUUUAUUCUGAACUGGGUUAGUGUUGCAAUGGAUUUGUCCAGUGAAAGUGACGGUGAUAUUAGUGAAUCUGAGAUUAAAGAAUAUGAAGAAAAAUCAUAUGAGGAUCUAGUGAAGGGAAAUCAUAUCAUAAAGAAUAUGGAUGGGACUUUGAGAUGUCCAUUCUGUAGAGGGAAGAAAAAACAGGAUUACAGAUACAAUGACCUGCUUCAACAUGCAAGUGGUGUGGGUGCUGGAAAAAGGGAAGCAGAAACUACCGGGUGCCAUAAAGCACUUGAGAAGUUCCUAAAAAAUAUGCUUGCAACUUCUGCUGAGCCACAAAAACAAAGGACUGUGCAUUUGGAGCAGGAAGCUCCACUCAGACCAAAUGAAGAAGAACUCAUUGUUUGGCCCUGGAUGGGCAUUAUUGUGAAUAUCCGUAGGAUAUUCAAAGAGGGAAAGUACAUUGGUCCUGGUAAUGGUGAGCUGAAGGAUAGAUUUUCUGGAUUCUAUCCAGCACAGGUUUGCGCAAUGUGGACUUAUGAAGGUCAUCAGGGCAAGGCUGUUCUUGAGUUUAAUAAAGACUGGCAAGGGUACAAUGAUGCCCUAUCAUUUGAAAGAUCCUUCAUUAAAAACCAUCGAAGCCGAAAGGAGUAUUAUGAGCAUGAACGAGAUCCUGGGAACGACUUAUAUGGAUGGGUUGCACGAGCUGAGGACUAUAAUUCUGGAGGUCCAGUUGGCAAACAUCUCCGCUUGAAAGGGGAUCUUAAGACUGUGGCACAGAUCAACAAUGAAGAUUUGCGAAAAAAGAAUAAGCUUGUGGAAGACUUGCAUAAUACAAUACAAGAAAAGAAUAAGCACCUAGUGACAUCAAAAGAGAAACUUUCACAGAUGGAAUAUCUCAUUGCAAUGACAGAAACAGCACGUUUAAAGGCAGAAGAUGAGAAACAGAAACUUGAGGAUUCUCAUAGAGAAGAGUUAAGAAGGGUAGAGCAAGACAUGCAAACCCAACGUAACAAUGACAUUGCGGAACGCUUGAAGCUAAGCAAGGAAUUGGAGCGUCAAAUCAAUGAAAGUGAGGAAAGGCGUAAAGAAUUAGAACAGCGAGAAGCUCAGAAUGAGUCUGAAAAGAAAAAAUUGGAGGAGGAGAAAAAAAGGGUCUACAGUCGCAGAGAAAAUUUGCAGAGGGCCAAUGCACUACAGAGGACACAAGAGGAGAAGCAGAGGCUUCUUAUUGAAAAACAUGAGAAACAAAAAAGGGACUUGUCUAUCGAGCUUCACCAACAAGCAAAAAAGUUAGCAGAUAGACAAAAAUUGGAAUCAGAGAUUGAACGUCUUGAGUCACUGAUAGAAACAAUUAAAGUAAAAGAUGGGAGCAGUUUGGAUCAUUUUAAAAAGAUAGAAGAUUUACAAAAUGAUCUAAAGGACAAGAAUGAUGAAAUGGAAAGUUUGCAAGACAUGAAUCAACAGCUGAUGAACAAAGAACGCCAAGCAAAUGAUGAACUGCAAGAAGCUAGAAAAACUGUUAUUCAGGUACCAAGUUUAACACAAUGCCCAAUAUCAAAAUUGGUUAUGGUCUUUUCUAUAUAUUUACAUUCUUAGUUUUGCUACAAAUGUUCCAUGUAUUUUCUUUCAAUGAAAAUGUACAUUGAGUUUGUUGUUAUGGAGUGUGGAUUGUAUUUUGCAGUUUAGAAUUUGGUUCUACUGAAAGAUGUGAGAUAUCACAACUGGUCAAAUGGGGAGCAAGAGUUAAUGGAAUUAGAUUGUAAGUUAGUGAUUAGUAUGGUUAAUUUGUAUUUUUUCAGUUAAAGAGACUUUUCCGGCCAACCUGUCUUAAGCCCCAUUUUUUGAGGGUCGGGGGAGUUGCAUUUCCUUGAAGAUGGAAUUGCCACUGAUUGGGGAGAGUUACUGAGGUCUAUUAAAGGCUAUUUUUAGUAGUAAUUUUGUUGUUUACAAUCUACCUUUUAACUACACUCACGAGGAGAGUUUUUGCUGUGAUAUCUGGGGAAUAGAUUUAGUAAGACAGGAAUGCAAGUGGCUGUCUAGAAGGGCCAUAGGCAUACUAAUCCUGUAUAUGCUACAUUUGUAGAUUCAGAAGGUAGCAGUUGUCAUUUUGACAGUGUACUUAUUAGUUUGAUUAAAUGUUCUGUGAAAUCAGCACACAAUUGUCU